AGUGGCAAUGAGCAAGUGGAUGGUGGAUCCUUACAUUGAAUGGUUCGUUAUGAUUCAUCUUUAAAUUCGGAUUUCAAAAAUGCCCAUAAAGUUUACCCAUUUCCCUCAGAGGUAUUUGUUCUAAAUUUAUAAUUUCUGUUUUCUUUUUCUUCACCAGAUUUUACUCUUUAUUUGGUUGUUGGGUCUUGAUUCUGGACCAAUUAUAAGUAUGUGCUGUACUAGAUUUUCACUUCUGAGCUUAGUUCAUUGGAUUCUCAUUCCAGAUUUUCUCCAAUAUUUUAACUGUUUCUUUACUUGAUGAUAAUAUGAACAAUUCUGAAGCUGUUUUAAGUUUCAUAAAGACUUUCUCUAAGAAAUCCACGGAAAGAGCCUGUUGCCUGUUGCCUGUUGGUUGUUAUGGUAAUAAUUUACUGUUCUGAUUCAUAGCACACUCCGGGUUUCUUAAGCAGAAUCAAUAGGAAAUUUGAGGUCAUUCAUGGUUCGCUUUACAUUUUACUGAUUGCUAUGAACCAAAAAAUUAUGGAAUAUGUUUUGAGAUAUGUGGGUUACUGGUUUAAUCUUGGAAUUCAGAAAACCUAUGAAAAACAAGAUUAUUGACCAUCAAUCAAAUUGUCAAUUUUAAAGAGGGUUAAUUUUAAGGUCAAAGUAUGAGUAAUGAGUCUCCAUCUUAAAACCAACAAUAAGGUGAUGAUGUUCACCUCCUAUACUAAGUUAUCCCACACAGUUUAAUAACAAGGUAUAACUAAGCUCAAACGAGUAAUCAGUAGAAGUUAGACUCAAAACCAGGAUAUGGAUCUCAAGAGACAAGGCUAGAGGUUUGGAAGUUCUCAAUGAUAUGAUUUGUAGUUGAGUGUUCUAGAAUUAACAUGUUGCACCUUUGACUGUAAUGUCUUUUUGAUAACCAAUCAUAUUGAGAUCUAACUGGAAGAAGUUGCCUGAAUUGAAGCCCGACUAAAGACAUGGGCGAGGUAAGAAGCUCAAUGGAGAUCAUAAGUCAAGUGGAAAUGGACAUGGCAUAUUCUUCUGAGAAACUGGUGAAUCUAGGCAGCCUCUUUGUGACUGUGAUGACCAAACAAGAUGAAGUUGAAGCAAUGGCAGUUGAAAAUGACGAUUCUCCGGAUGCCGUUGAGAAAGCUUUGACAUUACACCACUUAAGUGCUAUUCUCAAGGCGGAGUUUAGACUGUUGGAUGAUUUUGUGAGUAAUCUCCACGAUCUGAUUCUUGGUGCGCGCGAAAAGGUCUCUUCCUGUGAGACAUUGAGUGAACUGGAUACAAUGGUGGAACACAAAUUGCAAGAUUCCGAAGAAUCGUUGGGCCAACUGAAAGAACGUAUUCUAAGUAUGAAGAUUCAGCUAGCCAAUCCGUCGCUGAUUGGCUCUUUAUUUGAUCAAGAUGACUGAUGACAGGGAGACAUGACUUGGCUUCAAAGCCACAAGUGCAGAUAGCAGAGCAAAAGCGUCUUCUAAAAAUGUUGGGGAAGUCUUUUGCAAGAGAGCUAGAUCUCGAGAUGAAGAUGACGUUGAUGAAACAAAACGAAGACGAUUUUAAGAUGAAGCUCAAGUUAAGAGAACACAUAGCUUCAUGCAUGGAAGAAGCGGCAGAGGUAAUCUGGGGAAGGUUUUUGGAGGCAGACAAUAUAGGGGAGGUGCUCAUGGGCAUCUCAAAAGAUAUGGCAGGUCAACUUCGGAUAGCGAAUCUCAAUCUAAGCGGUUCCCAUCAAAGAGAAAAUGAGAUUCAAUUGAAAUUUCUAACUUGCAUGGAACACUCAAAUGCUAAAGAUAUCACCAUUCAAAAGCUCAACGAAAGCAUUGCAUACCUUAAAGAUGAAAACGCUCAAGUAGUGUCCUUACAACAGAAUAUUGAAAAGCUAAAGCAAAACUUGAUGACAUGUGAAUCUCAACUAACAAGGGCAAAUUCGUCAAUUGAAGUGCAUAUUGAGCAGAUUAAUGAAAUGGAGAUUGAAAUAGAAUCUCUAAAGGAAGAACUCUAUCAAUUGGAGAGUAGGGCUGAAACUGCUGAGGCAAAAGUCUCGCAGUUAACAGAGACAAACUUGGAGCAAAGUGAAGAACUGAGUUUCCUCAAAGACAGCAAUGAUAAUAGUGUAAAAAGAGUGAGCAUACUUGAAACAGAGAUGAGGGAGCUUGACAUUCAACUUCAGAAUUCUAAAGCAUCUUCUGAAGCAAGUCAAGAGCAGCAAAACUUGUUAUAUUCUGCCAUUUGGGAUAUGGAAACGCUGAUUGAUGAGUUGAAACAAAAAGUUUCUAAAGCAGAAAACAAGACAGACAUUGCAGAGGAGCAAUGCAUUGCAUUGUCAGAACUUAAUUCAGAGCUCAACAAAGAAAUAGGUAUCCUGAGGGUCAGAUUGCAAGAUAUGGAGUCAUCUUUGAAUCAAGCUAAGGUUGAGAAAAUGGCGAGCGUGAAAGACAUUAACAUUAAGACAAGCUUUAUAAUGGAUUUGGUAACACAACUAACUGUAGAACGAGAACGGGUGCAAAAACAGUUGUGCUGUUUGAUAAAGGAAAACAGAUCGUUGAUGAAGAAGCUAGAGAUGGUCAAUGUCCCUGCAUCUGCUACCAUUCUAGGGAGCAGAGAAGCUGAUAACAAAGAGCAUCCACCUUCUACACACCAAUUUCCUGGAGAUGCUCCAUUGAAAGUGCCAAUUGAGUCCUCUUUGAGAAUCAGUGAGUUUAACUCAAACAAGGUGCAAGAUCUACAUGAGAAGUCCUCUUACAAUGAAACUGGGAAUGGGGUGUCAUCUUCUUCCACCAAUUAUCAUCAUGAGGAAUAUUCAGUUGUCGAGGAGAAAACUGUUGUUGCCAUAGAGGCAAAGCGUGGUCAGAGCAGAAGAUACAUAUGCAUUGCGUUACUCAUCUCACUGCUCUCAGUAAUAGCACCAUUUUUAUAUGGGCGGAAAAAAACUUUGGUUGACUUUGGUAGUUAACUUGUGGUGCCUGAAAUGUUUAUAUGUUGUAACUGGUAAGUAUACAAUUCAAGCAAAUGUUUGUACAGCAUAGUAUGGGCUAGUUGAUUCCACAUUCACAAGGUUUGUUUUUAAGGGCUGCAAAAAGAAAAUGCAACUACAUUUUGUAGCUUUGUACCAUUUGAGGACUAGAGAUUUGUUGGUUGCAAGCUUGCAGCAUGUAUUGUGUGAGUAUGAUCUUCAAUGGAAACAGUGUACAUGUAAUCACUUAUUUAUUUAUUUAUUUAUUUAUUUAUUUACUUCUUUGAUUGUUU